UAGAAGAAGGAGGAGACUUAUCUUUGGUGCAGCAGCACGGUGCGAAAAGGCGCACAAGUGUAGUCAGGCAGCGAGCAGCAGCAUGUGGGAGAGUCAGGAAACCUCCGGGGCCAAAAACGGUGGCGACAGCCCGACUGACCGGGCACUGAGGCCGGCCGUGGGCAACAGGGUCAGCGUGGUGCUCGGAGCUCAGUGGGGCGACGAGGGGAAAGGGAAAGUUGUGGAUCUUCUGGCACAAAACGCGGAUAUGGUGUGCAGAUGUCAGGGCGGCAACAACGCAGGACACACAGUGGUGGUGGACUCGGUGGAGUACGACUUCCACCUCCUGCCCAGCGGCAUCAUCAACCCCAAGGUCACCGCCUUCAUUGGCAACGGUGUCGUGAUCCACCUGCCAGGCCUGUUUGAAGAGGCAGAAAAAAACGAACUCAAAGGAAAAGGUCUAAAAGACUGGGAGAAGAGGCUGAUCAUCUCCGACAGAGCACACAUUGUGUUUGACUUCCAUCAAGCUGUUGACAUUGUUCAGGAACAGCAAAGACAAGAGCAAGCAGGCAAGAACCUCGGGACAACGAAGAAGGGGAUUGGUCCGGUGUACUCGGCCAAGGCGGCUCGCAGCGGCCUGAGGAUCUGUGACCUGCUGGCCGACUUCACCACGUUCUCUGAAAGGUAUAAAGUGUUGGCUCACCAGUACAAGGCUAUGUACCCCACACUAGUGAUUGACAUAGAGGGAGAGCUUCUCAGGUUAAAGGAGUAUGUGUCGCGGGUGAAGCCCAUGGUGAGGGACGGGGUGCAUUACAUGUACGAGGCUCUGCACGGCCCUCCCAAGACCAUCCUGGUGGAAGGAGCCAACGCAGCCCUGCUGGACAUCGACUUCGGGACGUACCCGUUCGUGACGUCGUCAAACUGCACGGUGGGGGGCGUGUGCACGGGCCUCGGGAUGCCGCCCCAGAACGUGGGGGAGGUUUACGGGGUAGUCAAGGCGUACACCACCCGAGUGGGCAUCGGAGCGUUCCCCUCAGAGCAGAUCAAUGAGAUCGGAGAGCUGCUGCAGACUCGUGGGAAGGAGGUGGGCGUGACCACGGGCAGGAAGAGGCGAUGUGGUUGGCUGGAUCUGGUGCUCAUCAAAUAUGCACACAUGAUUAACGGCUUCACCGCUAUAGCCCUCACCAAACUGGACAUACUUGACAUGUUUGAAGAGAUCAAAGUGGGCGUAUCGUACAAAGUCGACAACCAAACUAUACCUACUUUUCCAGCCAAUCAGGAGGUGCUGCAGCAUGUGGACGUCCAGUAUGAGACGCUGCCCGGCUGGAAGAGCGACAUCUCGCAAGUGAGGAGCUUCGACGAUCUGCCUGAGAACGCCCGGAAAUACGUCGGCUUCAUCGAGGAGCAUGUCGGAGUGCCUGUCAAGUGGAUCGGAGUGGGCAAGUCUCGGGAGUCCAUGAUCCAGCUGUUCUAGACGAAGGGAGGAGACAAAAAGAACGCAGAGCCACACACACCACACACACACACACACCACACACACACACACACACACACACACACACACACACACACACACACACACACACACACACACACACACACACACACACACACACACACACACACACACACACACACACACACACAGCCUACUACCUGUCUCAACUCUGACAGAGACACCAUCAUGUCUGUUCUUAAUGCUUUAUCACCAGACGUUCCCAUGUCACAGACAAGACUCCCAUCGGACUGACCUCCAUCCAACAUCUGGAUUUUUAUCACUUUUUAACUUUUCGGACAGAACCACGAUCAAGUCCCUCUUCUUAAUUUGUAGCUGUUUAUUUCAGACGUUAAAACUCACUUGGCCUCACCACCUGCCGGUCUGAAAGAGGACAUGAGGGCAAGGACACACACACACACACACACACACACACACGGAGGAACUGUCCAAAGAUGUUUUGUUCAAGUAUAUUUUUGUUCAUCUAUGCUGUGUUUUAAACGCGCUGUGCCAGUCUGGUGUAAAUCAGUUUUUAACCUCUGCACUUUAAAUGCUUUGGACUACAUCUUCUUUACGUUGUCCUCCAUCAGGUGUUCACCACAUCCUGACAUCAUAAAGGGAUCCCUUUUUGU